CUGCCCCUCGGCGCUGCCUCCCCGCCGUGCUGCAGAGUCUCAGUUCAUGCAAACUGUCAGUAUCCAAGAGAUAAAAAAGAAUGGCAUGAAGGACCUGUGUGUGACUGCUCUGCUUUGGAUACCUCCUUACUGCUGAGUCAGCAGACCUGUGAGCUCCCGGGAGCCCACAGCAGGCUGAAGAUGCUGAGCCGUUUGUCAGGUUUAGCAAGUACUGUUUUACAAGAGCUGUCAGGGGAGGAUGGAGAUGCAGUUACUGAACCCUCCAGUGCUGUACAAGCUUUGGAGCCAGAAGCAGAAAACAUGGAGGAGGCACCUGAGGAGCUGUUGGAGCGCCUGGCCCAAACAGAGAAGCUGGUUGUUCAGCUGAAGGAUUUGAUCCGGGAAAAGGAUGCUCUGCUCCAGCAAAAAGAAACUGAACUCAAGGAAGAGCGAGAGGCUGCGGAUGCGAAGCUGAUGAAACUCAAACUUCAAGCCAAAGCCAAACUGGCCACUCUGAACAAACGCAUCGAGGAGCUGACAGGGAAGGGAUCACCAUUGCCUGCACAGGCCUUAGCAGAAGAGCAGGAGCAUCCCAAGAAUAAUGAAAAUACGAGUGAAGGGCACAGAGAGGAAGUGGAAGUACUGAAAGAGCAGCUCAGGGAGCGAGAGGAGACUGUUCAGGACCUGAAGGAACAGCUGGCUCUAGCCAAAGGGAAUCUGGAAGAUGCUGAAAUCAAGUAUGCAACACAGCUGAGCUCCCUGCAGGAGGUGAUUCAGGAGAAGGAAGCUCUUCUGGAAGAGCAGAGGCACCAGCAUCAAGCUGAAUUGCUUAAGAUGGUGGCCCAGUCAGAUCUGGAAGUAGAGAUGCAACAGAACCUGCGCACUCUCCAGAGGAAGCUCGAGGAGCAGGAGGCAGCUCUGCUGGGGCGAACUCAGGUGGUAGAACUGCUGCAGCAGGAGCUACACUCUGCUGAACAACAAAACCAGGCACUCCUAGAUCAGUGCCAGAAGAUGGAAGUGGAUCUAAGCUCCGUGAGGAGUGUGCUGGAUGCAGAGAGACAAGAGUCUCGUGAUCUGAGGGAGAAGAUGGAGCUGGAGCUAGCUGAGAGGAAGCUGUCUUCCCAUCGCUUGCAGGAGGAGGUGCAGCAUCUCUCGGAGCAGCUGCAGGAGGCAAGAAGAGCACAAGCUGAACUAGAGGCGAAGUGUAAAGCUGUGGAGCAGGAACUCAGGCUGGAGGUGGAAGAGAAGAAGCAGCAGCUCAGUUGUCUCCUGGUGGCUGAGCAGGAGCUGCAGCGUGGUCGUGCUGCCCUCUUGGCUGAGAACCAGCAGCUGAAGCAGGACCUGGGCCGGCUCCUGGUGCCGCCUGCGGAACACGGAGCUACAACACCCGGAGCACGGGAUGAACUUGUACAGAAAUCUGAAGAAUUUGUCUGCUGUCAGAAUGAGCUGAAAUCCCAGUCACAAGUGCAAGUCUCUGAACUGAAGCAGCAGGAUAAAUCAACUUCACAGGAAAAAGUAAUAGAUCAGGAAGAUCAGAAUGAGACUUCAUUCCUACCCACAGAAAACUUGGAAAGACAGAAGACUGAAGAAAUACCACAUUUCCAGCUUGUUCUCCAGGAGCCUCAGCAGGAAGCUGUGAUCAUCACAGAAGAUGCAAACCAGGCAAGAACAGACAGCUUUCCUGAUGGAAGCAAGCAGCUUACUGAGGAAGGUUGUUCACCUGGAAUUCUAGAAUAUAUUGCUGCAGAGAAACAGAAAGAACUGUCAGUUUUGCUGCUGGAACUGAAAGAAGCCCAAGAAGAAAUAAACUUUCUGAAAAGCCAGCUCAAGGACCCCUCUGGCCAGAUUUCUACAGGCAGCCAAACAGGAGAAGAUGCUGAGCAGCUGGAAGAGAACUCCCAGGGACAGUGUCUGGAGAGGGAAGAGCAGAAGGCUUCAGAUACACAGGAUGAGUUGGGCAGUAGCUCAUUACAGAGAGAAACAGAAAUGCAGCAAAUUGGCCUGUUUCAGGCAAACAGUGUCCAAGAAGAGCCCCAGGGGAGUCCUGUCUCCUGCAGGGGUGAGGGAGAGGCAAUGCAAGGAAUCUCUACGGCAGAUCCAGAGCCUGGCGCCUCUCAGUCCCAAGAACUGAUAGAGUUACAAAACCAAAUUACAGAACUGCAAAUAAUUCUUCAGAAAUCAGAAGAAUCCUUUAAGAAAGAUCUAGGAGAAAAAAGUGCAGAAAUAAAUAGGCUAAACCAGUUGGCAGAGGAAUACAGGAAAAAAAUAGAGGAUUCUGACACUACAUUUUGUGUUUUGGCUGAAGAACGAGAUCGACUCCUGUGUCAGGUGAAGGAACUUUCUACCAUAACAGAACUGAAAGAGCAAGUGAAGCAGCUUGAGGAAGAUCUAGCUCUUUCAGAAAAGCAGAGACUGUCUGACAGUCAAAGCAGUCUUCUAAGAGAACAAAUCCAGAGCCUUAAAAAUGAAUUUAAAUCCAAGGAUGUAAAAAUUGAAGCUUUGCAAAAAGACUUGGAUGAAGCACAACUUCAGCUUUCUGACCAGGACACACAACUAAAGGAUCUGAGAAGCCAGAUCGAGAUGAAGGAAUGUGAAGUACUUAAUCUAGAACAACUUUUGAGGAAGAAUACAGCAGAGAUGGAAGAGCUUUCCCACGAGUUAGCCUCGAAGGGGCACGAAGCAGCAAGCCUAGAACAGCUUGUUGCUGAGCACACCAGGUCUAUAGAGCACCUGGAACAAGCCUUGCUGGAGAAGGACCAACAGAUGACAGAACUCAGUGUCAGCAUGUCUGAGAAAAUGGUCCUUCUGAAUGAAGAGAAAUUUUCUCUAGGAAAUGAGCUGAAGAACCUUAAAGAGCAGACAAGUCUGUUAUUAAAAGCCCAGGAAGAAAAAGACCAACAUACAGGAGCAAAAGAUACGUGUCUGAAAUGUGGGGCAUCUGAGCAGCAGAAUGAGACAGAAGCAGUGAGUAAAGAAAGGGAAGAAUUAGUAAAUCAAAUUGAACUUCUAAGAAAAGAAAACGAGCAGGUGAAGAGGAAACUGCAGGCAGCACUUGUGAACAGAAAGGAGCUUCUGAAGAAGGUCAGCACUCUGGAGAGGGAAUUAGCACAAUGGAGCAGGGAACAACAAUCACAAACCUCACUGGCUCAGGCAGCUGCAGGGGAAGAAAAUAUGAGAAGCAUGAUCAGCAGAGAAGUGAGUGUGGAAAACCAGCCCAGUGAGGAGUAUCUAAUUCAACUGCUGUCUGAAAAGGAAUCGGAGCUGCAGAGCAUCCGGAAGGACCUGCAGGAUAAAGAGUCUACAGAAGCACAACUGCAGGCAGUGAUCGAGGAAAUGAGACAAAGCCUGCAAGGUAAGGCAGACAUUGUUUCAAUUAAAGAUGAAAUCACAGAGCAUCAGGCAAUUGCUGACAAAGUAACUCAAACCAGUGAAAGCCCAGAAGAUUAUGAAGAAAAUGAAAAACAGAGCUCAGCAGCUACAAAUCCGGAAGAAAACCAAAAGUCUGCCCUGAAAGAAAGGAUUUCAGUUCUUGAACAAGAAAAAGAACAACUCCAGAAAAAGCUUCAGGAAGCCCUGGCAUCUCGCAAAGACACUAUAAAAAAGGCUCAAGAAAAAGACAGGCAUCACAGAGAGCAGCUGAAACAGCAGAAAGAUGAUUACAACAUCCUCCAAGAACAAUUUGAUCAACAAAGCAAAGAGAAGGAGAGCAUCCAAACUCAGCUCAGACAACUCCAAGAACAGAAAGGAUCAGCAGAGGGUGUUCUUGGGAAUCAAGGUGGAUUGGAUUCUUCAUGCAUGGAAGCAAAAAAUACAACAAAUAGCAAGCUUGGACAAGUUGCAGAUGUUACUGAGGAAGAGUUUAAAAAACACCUUGAAAAAUUGCAGAUGGAGAAAGAGGAAUUGGAAUGUAACAUCAGCCGUAUGCAAAGUGAACUUGCUUGCAAAUCAGAGUUAGUAUUUGAUUUGCAACAGCACAUAGCACAAUUGUUUCUGGAGAUAGAAGGGCUGAAGAGAACCUCUGACCAAGCAGAGGCUAAGGCAGCAAGUCUUCAGAUGGAACUGGAGGAGAGUGAAGCAAAAAUUUCCAGAGAGACCAGUCUGGAAAACUGGAAAGCCCUUAUGCACCAAAAGGAUGAAGAAAUGGAAUUUCUUAACUUGCAGUUAAAGGAGAAAAGCGAAGCUCUCAGUAAUGUGCAGGCACAGCUGCUGGAAAAAGAGGAUUCCAUCCAAAGCCUGUGCAGUCAGUUGGAAGCUCAGGCUCAGGUGCAUGAGGAGCAAAGCAAGCGACUGCAAACAGAGCUGCUGGAAAUUCAGGAGAAGCAAGGGGACAAUGAAGAAGCAGCUAAACAGAAGAAUCAAAUGCAGAGAAAGCUUCAAGCUGCACUUAUCUCUAGAAAAGAGGCACUAAAGGAGACCAAAUCUCUAAAAGAGGAGCUGGCUAAUGCUAAAACUACCAUUGACAGUCUUUCUGUCAAGCUGAUAAAUAUGGAAAGCCAAAUAUCUGGCCAUGUUAAAGAAACAGAUACUUUAACAGAAAAGUUAGCAUGCCUCACUGAAGAGAGAGAAAAACUUCUUGCAGAAGUUGAUAAAGCACUUAUAGAAAAUCAGAAUCUUGAUGGAUGCUGUAAAAACCUAACACUUACUCUGGAUGGAGUUGUUCUGGAGAAGGAGAAGCUGGAGAAGGAGGUGGAAUCACUGAAAUGCUCUCAAGCCACUGAGAGUUCUGAGUGGCAGGAGAAAUACAAGGAGCUUCAGGGAGAGUAUGAAACUCUGCUCCAGUCCUAUGAGAAUGUGAGUAACGAGGCUGAGCGGAUUCAGCGUGUGUUGGAAACUGUCAGGCAGGAAAAGCAGGACAUUUUCAUUAAGCUGAAAAGUGCUGAAGCAAAAAAAGAGGAAACAGAGAAGCAGCUACAGGAAGCUGGACAGGAAAUGGAUGGAAUGAAGGAGAAAAUGAGGAAAUUUGCAAAAUCAAAGCAACAAAAGAUCCUGGAACUAGAGGAGGAGAAUGAGAAGCUUAGAGCAGAGAUGCAUUUUACAGGUGGGGAGCUACCCAGGACUGGAGAGGUCUUUACAAACACUGGCCUGAAAGAAGAUCUGGAGUGCUGUAGGAGGGAAUACCAGUCUCUUUCUACUCAGCUUGAGACAGUAAUGGCUGAAAAGGAGUCUCUUAAUCAAGAGAUCACAGACUUAAAGUGUCUUUUGCAGUUAACAGAAUCUAAACUGAAGGAAAGCAGAGAACUUGUAGACAGGGAUGUUGCUCAGAAGACAACAGGCGAAGAAACAAAUGAGGCAGUUGCCACACCACCACCACUGGAAAGGUCUGAAAAUCAAGUGGAAAUAACUUGUAAAGCAGAGUCUCCUCCUGCAGAGCUGGAACAGGAGGCAUUUGAAGGUGGCAGCCCUUGUGAGGAUCCUGGCACCUACAGACAGCAAAUUGCUGAGCUCAGCCAGCGAAUUGCAGAGCUGGAGGAGGAUAGAAGGGCUUCAGAGCAACAGCUGGGUGACAUCCACGGGUGUGUGGAGACUUUAGCAGGGGAGAAAAGAGCUUUAGAGCACCAGGUGGAAGAGAAAGUCCGUGAAGUGAAUGCUCUGCAGGCUACAGUAGCAAAGAUGGAGCAAAUGGUCCAAAAAGCCACAGAUGACCUUGUCAGGAUGACAGAGCUGAAGGAUGCGCUGGAGGCUGAGAAGGAUGACUUGGAAGAAAGGCUCAUGAAUCAGCUGGCAGAACUUAAUGGAAGUAUUGGAAACUAUCAGCAAGAUGCAACAGACUUCCAGAUCAAAAAUGAUCAACUGAAACACGAGCUUCAGAGUUUGCAGAGAACGGUACGUGAGCUGGAGGAGGAGAAAAGUCUGAUGGCAAAGGAGAAAAGCAAAGCAAGUUCAGAAAAGCAAAAGGAAUUUGUAGAAAAGCUGAAAUGCAAUUGGAGGGGAGAGAGCAGCACACACAUAAAGGAGCUUCAAGAACUGCUGAAACAGAAACAGCAGGAGAUUAAGCAGCUGCAGAAGGACUGUAUUAAAAGCCAGGAAAAGAACAGUAGUUUAGAAAGAACUGUUAAAGCUCUGGAAUUUCUGCAGAGUGAGACUCAGAAAGAGGUAGAAGUAGCCAAAGAGACUUCAGCAAAAGCAGUUGAAGACACCAAGAAAGCCCAGGCAGAGCUUGCUCUCUGCAGAGUGGUGCUGGAUGACACACAGAGUGAGGCAGCAAGGGUUCUGGCAGAGAGUGUCAAAGUGAAAGAAGAGUUGCAGGCAAACAAAGAGAAUAUUAAAAUUCAAAUGAAGAAAAAGGAUGAGGACUUUGAGAGAAGGCUGGAACAGGAAAAAGACAAGCACUCAAAGGAAAUCAAAAACAUGGAAGAAAAGCUGGCAGCUUUGCAGAGGGAGAAGGACCAUGUGGAAACAGCUCUUGGUGAUCUGCAAGGCUCCUUGAAGACAAAGGAUCAGGAAGCCAAAGAACUGGAAGGCAGUCUGAACAAAGCACUAGCCCAGCUUGCAGCCUUCACUAGGAGCAUGUCUUCCCUCCAGGAUGACAGGGAUAGAGUGAUAGAUGAAUCAAAAACAUGGGAAAAGAAAUUCACUGAAACCAUUCAAAAGAAGGAGGAAGAAAUACGUUCAAAAGAGGAAACCUGUGUUGUGCUGAAGGACCAGGUGAAGCAGAUGACCACACGUGUGGAAGAGCUCCAGACUCACAUAUCCAGGCUGGAAUGCAGCAAGAAAGACUUGGAGUCUGACUGCAGGAAGGAGAUUCAGCAUCACCAAAAGACAUGUGAAAUGUUGCAGGAGGAAAAAAAAGAGCUUUUGACUCAGCUUGAAGGGUCUCAGGAACUGUACAGCAAGUCUCAGAAAGAACAGCAGCAACUGGAGUCUGAAAUCAGCAGCCUGAGAGAGCAGCUGGCUGACUUACAGAGCUCCUUCACCAAAUGUGAGCUGGCCAGGGAGGAGCUGGGGAGCAUGGUCAAGCAACAGGAGACCAGCAUCCAGAAUUAUAAAUUGAGCUGUGAACAGCUUGAAGCUGACCUGCAGGCUUCCAAGGAGCUCACAAAUAAGUUGCAUGAAGAAACUAGUGCGAAAGAUCAAAAGAUCAUGAGCUUGUUGUCUGCCAAAGAAGAAGCAGUGAUGGCUGCUCUGGCUGAAUUGCAGCAGCAACACUCCGAGGAGAUUAAAGAGCUGGAGCGUAGGCUGAGUAAGGAGGAAGAAGAUAAAAAAGCCUUGGAAAAUGAGAAGAACAAAUUACUUGGCAAAUUUGAUCAUCUGACUGAAAAGAUGAAGAUAAGCAGAGAAGAAAGUAAGCAGCAGAAGGCACAACUGGACUCCUUCACCAAGUCCAUGUCAUCCCUGCAGGAUGACCGAGACCGCAUCCUGAGGGACUACAGGCAGCUCGAGGAACGUCAUCUGGCUGUAAUCUUGGAAAAAGACCAGCUGAUUCAAGAGGCUGCUGCUGAAAACAACAAUCUCAAGGGAGAAAUGAGAAGUUUCCAUAGCCGGAUGGACGACCUGAACUCCGAGAAUGCCAAGCUGAAGGCAGAGCUGGUGCGGUACAGAGAGGACCUGAACCAAGUCAUUUCAAUAAAGGACUCCCAGCAGAAGCAACUUCUCAAAACACAACUUCAGCGGAUCCAGACUCUGGAAAAUGAGAAGGCGGCCAUAGAAACACAGCUGAAGGAGUCUGAGCAUACUCAGGACGAUCUCAGGAAGUGCAUGGAAGGCUUGAGGGAAGAUAAAGCCAGUAUGUCUCAAGAGCUUGAAACCCUUGGGUCCUCUCUGUCCCGGCUGCAGAGUGAGGUGGCAGCGUUACGGGAGGGGAGUCCCAUCCUGGAGUGUCAGGCAGAACUGAAGGCCCGAGAGGAAGAGGCACAAGAACUGAGUCAUAAGCUUUCCCUCUCCCAGAAAAGAAUAACUGAACUUGAGGGGGAGCUAGGAUGUAUUCAAAGGGAGGCAGCCAAGAGAGUGGGAGAGGCUGAGGACAGGCUUCAGAAGGAACUGAAGCACCUGCACCAUGAUGCAGGGAUAAUGAGGAAUGAGACAGAGACAGCAGAGGAAAGGGUGGCAGAGUUGGCACGGGACUUAAUGGAAAUGGAACAGAAGUUGCUUGCAGUCACAGAUGAAAACAAAGAUCUCAGAGCUCAAAUUCAGUCUUUUGGGGGGUCCAUGAGCUCUCUUCAGGAUAGCCGGGACCAGGCCAAUGAAGAGCUUCGUGGUUUGAAGCAGAAAUACUCUGCAGACUUAGAGGAACAAAAGAAUCUAGUGCACAAUCUUCAGCAACAGGUGGCUCAGCUACAAGAGGAGCAACAUUCCACUGCCAGGGAGCGAGAUACAGUGAGGUCUGAACUGAUAGAACUGCAGAAAGCCAUUGAUGAAAGAGGUUUCUUGGCCCAGAUUGAGAGACUUAAUCAGCAGCUCAGAGCCAAGGAUGAUGAGCUUCUCCGUUUGUCUUCGGAACUGGAAGGCUCUUCCAACCAGGUCAGAUCUUUCUCCAAGGCUAUGGCAAGCCUGCAGAACGAGCGAGACCGUCUGCUGAGUGAACUGGACAAAACACAAAAGGUUGAAGAAGUGAAACAACAAACAGAAGGGAGCACUUGCACCACGUCCUCGGAAGUGCAGAGUCUGAAGAAGGCACUGUCCUCCUUGCAGAAUGACAGAGACAGAGUAGUGAGGGAGCUGAAGAACCUGCAGCAGCAGUACAUCCUGGUUGGGGUGGAAGCUGCUGAGAAUUCCCGCCUGAAGGCACAACUGCAGCAGUGGCAGCAGGAGGCAGAGAAACAGCUCCGGCUGCAGGAGCAGCUGCAGCAGGAAGGAGUUGUCUGCCAGCAGGAGCUCCAGCAGCUCAGACAGGAGAAAACCACCUGGGAGAAGCAGAGCAGCAGCAUGAAGGAGCAGUACCUGAUGGCCUUAGCAGAGAAGGACAAGCAGCUGAGCCACUUACAAAGGAUCACACAGGAGAUGAGGCUGCCCUUCAGCAAGUUCCAAACUGUAGAGGAGCAGCAGCAAACCAAGAUUUCUCCAGAAGUCCUGAAAGGGGACUUUUCAAGCCUAGAAACAGAGAUAAAACAUCUCCAGACCCAGCUGAGUGACAGCCUGAAAGAACUGCACCAAAAAGAGCUCAGAAUUCAGCAGUUAAACAGCAAGCUGUCUCAGGUCUUUGAGGAGAAGAACGCCCUCUCCCUCCAACUGCGCGGGAGCGGCCGGAGCGUCUGUGAGAGCCACCAGCACUACAGCGAGGUCCUGAGCCGCUGCCUCGUGCUGGAGAAGCAGCUCCAGGAGCUGCAGGCUGCAGACAAGGGCACGGAGCUGUUUGCAACAGAUGCAGCUCCAGGAGCACCCCAAGAAAAGAAUGAGCCGCAGAGAGGCAGUUACACACCUGAACUGCAGGAGCUGCAGCUGAGGUUGUCCGAAACAGAACAUUUACACAGCAGCACAAAGCAGGAUCUGAGGUAUCUGGAGGAGCAGCUGGAGGAGGAACGGGACCGUCGCCUUGCUGCAGAGGAGGCACUUUCUGCAGCACAGGAUCAGAUCAGGAGGUUGCAGUCGAGCGAGUGGGCGUCUUCCUUAAGUGCCAGCAUUGAUAUGACUCCAGGUCAUGAACAGUCCCUGCUGAUCGACUCCAUGGAUAAUAAUUCCAGCAGAGCUCGGAAUACCCUUGGACUGCGACGCCUGUUCCGCUCCCUCUUCCAUUCCCGGACCCGCUUUCCUCUGCUGGUGGCCUUGUACCUGCUUGCUCUCCAUGUCCUGCUCUUGCUGUGCUUUACAGGCCACCUGUGAGCAGGAGGGACAGGCUUCUGUAGAGCCCCCUGUGCACUGAGGGCCUGCAUUCCCUGUGCAGGGACAGCACUUCUCCCAGCUGCCUGCUCUCCCAAAGCAGCCCUGGAGCAGAGCUGCCCCCAGCACUGGGUGCUGCUGUCAGGGUCAGUGCUGCUGCUGGGAGCUGCUCCUGGGACAUUGGCCAUUCCCUCGGUGUCUCUGCAGGAGUGGUUUGUUUUCUGAGCCAGGGUCAUGCUGCAAACUUUCAAGGACAUUGUCUGCUCCUGUACCUGGAAGUAGAACCACUCAUUUUAGAUAGUAUUGUGCUGUGGUAGGAGUGAGAAAAAUAUUCUUGAGUUGCUGCAGUACUUCAGCACUUCCUAGAACUGCAGAAUCUUCCCCCUCUUAGGCUGAAUCCAUGAGUGGGGUUGGGGAAACCCUGUAGCUGGAUGUAGGACAAAGAAUUGUCUUCCCUUUCUUCCAUCCCUUAAAUUUGCUCCAUGGCUCAGUGCUGUCUGAAAUGCAUAUCCUAAGGAAAUUGUGGGCACUUUA